CUUCGGCCUUAACACGCCCCGCGAGCGCCCGCCCUCCCCCUUCCUGGAGCAGCCGACGCUCUCCUCCUCCUCCUCCUCCUCCUCCUCGCAGCUUCCCCACACCGGUCCGCCCGCAUUUCCCGCUGCCCAUGGCGCUGAAGCGGAUACAAAAGUAUAAACCUACCCAAUUUUAUGCCUGAAAAUUUGAGAAGCAUUUCCUUCACAUCAAAGUCAUGAAAAAAAAAAAUACUGAAGAGUACCAGAUUCAGGACUGAUUUCAUUUCAUCACUCCACUUGAUAUCACAUGCAGGUAGAAGAACUAUUGAGCAGGCUUCAGAUACAUUUCUUGGACCAGCGAUGUACAGUAUUCAUUGUCUUCUUUCAACUGUUGUCUGGAAUUUCAUCGUUUCUCCAAGAGUUGUCAAAGACAUAAUGGCACGUCUGAUAAUCAGCAAAUUCCUUCAUACCAUAAAAUCAAGUUCAUCUGAUUCUGGAGAUUUCAUCUCACUUCAAGUGAGCAGGAGCUAAGUGAUCUGCAGCGUGAUCCACCUGCACAUUGUUCGGCUGGACCUGUUGGAGAUGACUUGUUUCAUUGGCAAGCAACUAUUAUGGGACCUCCCGACAGUGCUUAUCAAGGAGGAGUCUUUUUUCUUACAGUUCAUUUUCCAACAGACUAUCCAUUCAAACCACCAAAGAUUGCAUUCACUACAAAAAUAUACCAUCCAAACAUAAAUAGCAAUGGAAGUAUUUGUCUUGAUAUCCUGAGGUCACAGUGGUCACCAGCACUGACUGUAUCUAAAGUGCUUUUGUCCAUAUGCUCUCUACUUUGUGACCCUAAUCCAGAUGACCCUUUAGUACCAGAUAUUGCACAAAUCUACAAGUCAGACAAGGAAAAAUAUAACAGACAUGCAAGAGAAUGGACACAGAAAUAUGCAAUGUAAACUUUGAAGACAUUUUCUUAUAUACCAGAGUACUGUAAAUUUUAGGGUUUUUCAAAAUUAGAAGUAAAUGGAGCACAGUUUAUUGUUUUCAAUGUACCAUGAAGCCCUUUUUUAUUUUUACCCAUGUAAGUGUAUUUCUGGAACAAGGAAAUUAACUACAAAAAUUAACCAGAAGACUGUGACGAGAGUAUUUAUCCUUUCUGUAUGCUUUGCAAAAGACAUUUAUUAUGUUUUUUUAAAGAUACUUGGACAUCUGCAUCUUCAGCCUACAAGAUUCAUAAUGCAGUUAUAGAGCAACCAAACUAUUUUUGCUGAAAACUAGGUGGUACAUAAUAAAUAUUCUGUGUAUUUGAGAUGUCAGUCUUGUAAGUCUGUUUGAAUGUCAUUCUUUGUUAGCUCAUUGUAUAAUUUGUAUUUUUUUACUGUAUAGACUAUAUUUUAUUUACCAUAUAUUUCAGCUCAUUUUAGACUUUCUGCACAGUAUUGAAAAAUACAACUGCUACUAAAUGAGUGAAGUAUUCCUUCGCAAAGGAAUAUUCUAUAAACUGAUAGACUCCUAAAAACAAACUUUGCACUCUAAUCUUCAGUAUGCUGAUUAUGGGGAAACACAUGGUUUUGAUUUUGUUGCAUACUUCUAUUGCAAUGUGAACUAAUUGCACUGCUCUGUAGAAAGAAAUGUAACUAAUUUUAUUCUAUUCACAGCUGACUUUUUAUCCUAUAUGGGCAAUAUAAUCUCUGACAUGUUAACAAAAUUGACUUGAAGCUUUUCCGUAUAAAUAAAACAUGUUUUUUUACUACUUGUCUUGGCUGUUUUUUAAAUCUAGCAUAUUCUUUACAUGUGCAUGCUCUGAAAAGAUCAAAAUAUUGUUCAAUAUAUAAAGUACCACUGGGAAUAACUGACCUAUAUGCUUGAAAAUGCUCCUGAGAGCAUAGUAGCUUUUAAACAAAUUACUUAUUGUACUCUAUUGAUCUAAGCCGAUUGAUCUUUUUAUCCAGUAUAAACAAUGUACCUUCAAGCUUGCAAAGUAAUUUGGAAAAUGUGCUUAUGAUGAAAACAGUUGAUUUUAGAAAAUCAGAAAUGCUUCUUUCCCCUGUUGUGUAACAAUAUUUUGAUCUGAUAUUUCUACACACAAACUAAUGCUAAAGCCAGUAUAUGCAUACUGCAUGUUUGGAGAAGAACAGCCUUUGGUUCCUUACAGAUAAGUGCAUUAUUUUUUAAUGUAGAUUUUAAGGUACUAAGCCAAUAUGAAAUGCAUUUUAAUUUGUAGCUGAAAUAAUUCUAAAAAAUGAUUUAGCUAGAAGAUUUUGCUGCCAUAGAUAAGUUCACGCUUUAUUAUCCUAGUGCUUUGCGAUCCCAAAAAGUAUUCAAACAAAAACCCAUAACUAGAAUGCAUCAAAAUGUGGCAAACAUCCCAGAGGCUAUUUUUCUGUUUAAUUUUAAUCUCAACAUUUUUGCAUCAUGCUAAUUGCCUAUGAAAAAGUUGCUUUGUUUGUUUUGUUUUACCUCAGUACAAUCUAAAGAUGGAAGCUUUAUAAGAUAGCACUGAAAUUUCAUUGCAUUAAUAUCAUUGCAUACUGUGAAACAGGCCAUCUCUGCAAAUAGCCAAUACACGUUUCCAUGCAGUAAAUUAAUCCUUCGCUAUACUUGAAAAAAGGGGUGCAAUUGCUUGUGAAGCUAUUAACAUUGUCAUCAGCAUUUCAAAAUGGUGAUAAAAGAUUGAUUUUCCACAUUUUAUCUGUAUUAAAUGUUUAAAAUAGAUUUGUCCCAGAAUAUCCCAUUUCUCUUCUUAUAAUAGGCUCUGUGAAAUUUGGUAGUUUGAUUUGCAUGGCUAUUAAGUGAAAGAAUGUUUAAUCUGCUUUGCUGAAAUUAUAUGGAGGAUGGUUUGAAAUUGUUUAGAUAUUAUUAUGCUUUGAAGUAUACCUAAUGGGAGGAAUUUACUAACCAUAAUGCAAAAUCUUCAGGUUGAGCAAAAGCUGCAAAUCAGAUUGCUGCUUAUUCUUCAUUGGGUUCUAUGAAGUAUCGUUGCAAGUACCGCAAAUGUCUUCAAUUGAUGUUUAAAACUGAAGUUCAGAGACUGAUUUCAUAAACUGAACUUCCAGACUAACCUUAAUAACAGUAACAUCUUUAAGCAGACAUCUGGACCAGAAAUUCAGUUAACUAAAAGGUGUUAAGAAUUCUGUAAUUUUUUUUUUUUUUUGCAUUUUCUGGAAAUUAGUCAUGUUCUGUUUUUAAGUGAAUCAUUAUGAAGGUUGGUUUUAUUCCCAUGCCCCAGCUCAAUAUUUGCUCAGUCCUGGUGCAUCCAUUAUGGUGACAUAAAUGUGUCUGUACUUCAGUCCCUCCACCAAAUGCCAGUUUAUACUGUACAGUGCCUUAGAGAGGGGCACUAACUGAGCCAUCCCAUUUCCUGUAUAAUCCUCACUUGGCAUUAUUGGCAUGACUAAAGCAAAGGAUCUCUGUAUCAGUGAAAUUCUUAAAAUGUAAUCUUUAGUCAUUCUAGUUAAUGUUAAAUAAGGCGUGCUUUCUAGCUACUUCUGAUGUGGUAUUUUUCUGCCUGAAGAUGUCAGCUGAGGCUUGAAUGAAAAUAAAAUUUUGUUUUGAACUUGGAA